AUGAUGUCCCCUGGCACCACUCUCGGCCUUCUCAUUCUUGGAAUCAUGGGCCUGAGCGGCAUCAUCUUUUGGUUCUUCAGGUCCCACGUCAACGAGCUUGUCGAUGCUCUGCUCUCCUACAAGCGCAAGCUCACCGAUGCCGAGCGGGCUGUUGGGAACUCGACCGCCGCCCCAUCUUCCUAG